AUGGAUGGAGUUCCAUGGGACCAGGUCAAGGCUGGGGAUCUGGAUGCCUUGCGGGUCGCUCUCUUCUCGAGUUCGACUUUGCGAAGGCUCCGGGCCCUGCAAGAACUUCGCGACAAGAGCGGAUCUGACAUCCCCUCGGAAUCGCAUCUUGAUAUCUUAGCGCUUCUUUUCCAGACCUACCCUCUUUACGUCGAUCGAGCCUCACGCCAGGCCGUUCAACAAUGCCUCCGCGCCUUUCUCCGAACCCCAAACGCUGCGGACCACCUUACAUAUUUAUCCGAGAACCUAAAGGCCGAAGCAUCGAAGUCCGGUCUGGCCUCAGGAUCUGCAUUCGUAUUGUUGGAGUGGUGUUGCAAUAUUCUGCAGCAGAUUAGCGAGAACGAGGACACACCCUUGGCUGUUGUGCUAGAUUUGAUCGCCGUGGAUGCCAAGGCCCUGGAAAACUGUCUUGCUCACACCCCAAAGCCUUCGGUAAGGCAAUCAGCUAUCACGGUGACUAGACGUGCGUUGCGCGCAACAUUUUCGAACAAAAAAUGGGGCGAGGACGCCGUGCGUCAGUCAGUCAGCCGACUGGCUACAGAUUCGUCAGCAGGCUACAAGAAUGCGCCGUUCCUAGGUGUAAUCUCGGGCGUAUGUGCUCGACUACCGGACAGAAAAGCAGCUCUUGAGGAGUCUAAGAGGCCCAUCUUGGCUUAUUAUGUUAAGGAAAUUGUAGGCUCAAAAUCUGUCGUGCCUUCUCACAUCGCCGAAGGACUGUCAGAUUUCGUUACUUCGUUUGUUACAUACGAGGAUGUGACCGCUGAACUGGUACCUCCAAUGGAAAAAUCCAUGUUGAGAGCACCGGAGGUGAUCUUGACUGGCGUGAUCCCACCGUUCAGUGCCGCUCUGCCUAAAGAAAUUGAUCUUUCCGAAGUGGUCCAGACUCGCCUGUCUAAGCAUUUAUUAUCUAGCAUGAAGUCGAACAAUCCUUUGAUUCGUCAGGGAGCUUCUGACUCGUUCAAAGCUCUCCUCUCUCGAUGCCAGACCGAAUCUGUGAUUUUGAAGAUCACGAGUGAAAUCGUCGGUCCUUUGAAAACCUCCAAGAUCACAGCUCCAGAACACAGAGUUGCCUACGCGCAAGCUAUCUCUGCAAUUCCAUCCUCGAUAGACGCCUCGAAAGAGAUUGUCCAGAGUUUUGGCCCCGUGUUCUCGCGGGAGUCUAACGAACCCGCCCUGGAAGAGGAGCUCAAAGCAUUCGGCAAGCAUCUUGCUUUCCUUGUUCAGUCUUCUGUCAAGGUCGUGGAUGACGUUAUUAAUACUGUUGUUAAGGGUAUCUCCGACAAGCGAAUUCCGUUCCGAAGGAUCUGGCAGCUUCAUGUCGGAGAAAUGCUUUGGAACUCCGAUAACACAGCCCUCAAGAGCGCCGAGGUUCAGCCUCUUGUCACUAAAUUCCUUGGCAAGAUGAAGGACAUGUUUGGAGAGGUCGCCUCUAACCCUCUCCCCUCAGCUCAAAGCGGCGCAUUGUCAUCCGCAUAUAUUUUCUUGGCCUUGUUCGAGCGCGUUUCGGACAUUGAUGGCGCAGAGAAGUCUACCUGGGAAGAGAAAGUAUCGCAAUCUUUGACUAUGGGUGCCAAGCCUUCUUUCCUGCUCAACUCCAAGGCCUACUCGAAGAUUGGUUCCAAGGAAGAGAUGCAGUGGUUGGUUAGGGCUCUGGCGGCCGUCACUUCUGGAUCUAAGUUUACUGGUUCCGAAGUUUCAGCCAAGGAUGCGUGGGCCCAGGCAUUUAUUUACGCCAUCACUGGCCCUAUUAUGCCCACCAGCUUCCGUGACAAUGCCGUGAAAGCACUAUCUGGUGUCCACAUGAAAGACAUGGCAUCCAUCGGAGGCAUCGUCAUAAAUGCUCUCUGGGCAUGGAUCAAUGCUUUCCGUACUGCGGAGAAGGAGUCUGCUGCUGUCUCUGCUGGUCCCGCAAGCGAGCGUCUACUGCAUCUUGUCUUGAAGGCCAUUUGCCCCCUAGCUGCUACCAAAAAUGGAGUCGAAGGUGCCUCUUCCAACCUUGAGACACAGCUUAUCAAAAUCCUGGUUCUCAGCAGGCCAGAGUUGAUUCCAGGGGCCUCUUGGAUCGAUCUGUGCUUGAGAACUGGCACAGAUCCCGGGAACCUAGUUCGCGCCCACCCCGUUGAGUGCAUUGAACAACUGACUGGUGUUAAUGCCGACCCCGUUCAAUCGAGUGUGCCACAAGUCAACUCCGCCGUUUGGAGUGCCGCAGGUGACCUGGCCUUUGUGGCCCCUGAAGUCAUGAUCCCGCGCCUCGUUGAUCAAAUUCGAGCGGAUUUGGAUGGCUCCCGUCUUUCUAAAUUUACUGCUACGGAUGCAGCCAUUGCCCGCACCCCCGAAGGCACUGCGUUCAUCGACGUUCUCAGCAGCAAAUCGAAGCAGCCUGCUUUUGACAAGAACACCAAAGACUAUGACACUUUGAAGUGGGAGGAGGAGCUUCGGAAACAGCUGGCCGAGAAGAAGGGCGCGAAACCAAAAAAGCUCACAGCCGAAGAGCAAUCUAAGGUCAAGGCUCAGCUUGCUAAGGAAGCAAAGAUCCGUGAGGAUGUUCUUCAGGAAGUCAAGCGGAUUGAGCGCGGUGCUGGCAUCAUCCGUGGCCUUGCCACUGGACCCGCUAAUGACGUCGAGGGAUGGAUUAACACAGCUGUCAGCUGCCUACUUUCCCUUGCUCGGGCUGGCGCUGGAUUGUUUGUCGGUGACGUGGUAUCUCAGGCAUUCGUUGUCUGCUCUAAUGAGCUUUCUUCGCGUUUGGGCACCCUUCGGCCGUUCGUGGGAAUUUCCACUCUUCGCGCCAUUGGCAACACCAACCUUCCCGCAGAGCGGCAAUUGGAGCACCUCGGAGAGCUCGUGACAAGAAUUCUUUACCGUUUGCGGUUUGCAUCUGAACAGCGGCCACUUGAUACCGCAUCUCUAGCCUAUGUUCUUCCAAUGCUGCUCCUGAUCUUGAGUCAGAAUGGUAUCGAAGAAGUAAAGGGUGAUCAAGAAGGCGAGCAAGUUCUGCUUGCCAUUGAACUGCUCUCCUUCCACUCCAACUCUUUCUCCGAUGUGCGAUUGCCACGCAAUGAAGUCCUCCAGCAUCUUCUUGGCGCCAUGCAAAAAUACACGCAGCACUACAAGCUGAUCAAGGAUACGUUGUUCAAUUUCUGCCGUUGCAUCUCCCCCAGCAUCACCAAACAGGAGCUCCAGACUCUUUUGGAGGGUAGUAUUGUAUCUGAAGCCUCUGUCCGGACAUCUGUGCUUCAGGUCAUUGAGGCUGAGAUUGAUCUGACUGAUCUCGACUUCUCUGAGCAUAUUUGGUUAGAAUGCCAUGAUAGCGUCGAAGAAAACGUCGAGAUCGCGCAGACAAUUUGGGAGGACAAUGCCCUUGAAGUGGAUGAUGAGGCUUUCCCUCAGAUUAUCAAGUAUUUGGACUCCAAGGACAGCCAACUGCGCGGUGCUGCCGCCCGUGCACUUUCUCAAGCGAUUGAAUCUGACAUGGGUAAAUUCCCCGGCAUAUUUUCUGAACUCCAGGCCAAGUAUGCCGAAGAUGUCAAGCCCAAGGCCCCUGAGAAGGAUGCCUACGGAAUGCCCAAGAAGAUGGACAACCCGGAUAACUGGGAGAGCCGUAGUGGUGUGGCCUUGGCUUUCAAUGCCAUGACCAAUUUGUUUGACGGCGAGCAGGUUAUCGAUUUCCUGCGGUUCCUGAUUGAACGUGGACCCUUGGUUGACAAGAACUCUGCCGUCCGCAGUCAAAUGCAGGAGAGUGGAAAGUCCGUGAUUGCUCAACGAGGCCAGCAGAAGGUUGAAGAGUUGAUGAAGCUGCUUGAGACCGUAUUGGAAACUUCAGACAAAGCAACACAAACCUCCGAUCUGCUGAACGAAGCAGUUGUGGUUCUCUAUGGAUCCUUGGCAAGACACUUGAAGGCCGAUGACCCUCGUCUACAAACUGUUUUGAAGAAGCUCCUUGCGACCCUGCCGACUCCCUCUGAAACUGUUCAGUCUGCUGUCUCGGAGUGUCUGCCACCACUGAUCAGACUGUGUGGCCCCAAGGCCUCCGACUAUGUCCAAGAGAUGCUUGAUCAACUUCUGAACACCAAGAACUACGCCACUCAGCGUGGUGCCGCGUAUGGUCUUGGAGGUAUUGUCGGUGGUAAGGGUAUUUCCACUUUGCGAGAGUUCCGGGUCAUGAGCUUGCUCAAAGAAGCUACCGAGAACAAGAGAGAGCCUCACCAGCGACAGGGUACUUUCCUGGCCUAUGAGCUCUUGGCGAUCAUUCUUGGGCGCACCUUUGAGCCCUAUGUCAUUCACCUCGUUCCCCAGCUACUUGGAGGAUUCGGAGACCCCAGCAUUGAUGUCCGCGAUGCUUGUCUGGAUGCUUCUAAGGCUUGCUUCCAGAACCUCAGCUCUUAUGGUGUGAAGAAGAUUCUUCCUACUUUGCUUGACGGUUUGGAUGAUACGCAGUGGCGCAGUCAAAAGGGAGCCUGUGAACUUCUUGGAGCCAUGGCCUACCUGGACCCGCAGCAGCUUGCCGCCAGCUUGCCCGUUAUCAUUCCGCCUCUUACUAUUGUUCUCAACGAUACCCACAAAGAGGUCCGCAACGCUGCGAACCGCAGUCUUCAACGUUUCGGAGAAGUUAUCAGUAACCCUGAAGUCAAGAGCUUGGUUGGUGUGCUUCUCAAGGCUCUGAGUGACCCUACCAAGUACACGGACGAGGCAUUGGACUCUUUGAUCAAGGUUUCCUUCGUGCACUACUUGGACGCGCCUUCGCUUGCUCUUGUUGUCCGUAUCUUGGAGCGUGGCCUUAGCGAUCGAUCCAACACCAAGCGCAAGGCUGCCCAAAUCAUUGGCAGUUUGGCCCAUCUUACUGAGCGCAAGGAUCUUAUUUCACACCUGCCAAUCAUUGUCGCUGGCCUCAACCUGGCCAUUGUCGACCCCGUUCCUACCACUCGUGCCACCGCUUCGAAGGCUCUGGGUUCUCUUAUCGAGAAGCUUGGAGAAGAUGCUCUACCCGACCUCAUCCCCAACCUCAUGAAUACACUCAAGUCAGACACCGGUGCGGGAGACAGACUGGGUUCUGCACAGGCACUCGCAGAGGUUCUCGCGGGUCUGGGUACCACGAGACUGGAGGAGACGCUGCCUACCAUUCUCCAGAACGUGUCCAGCUCCAAGGCUGCUGUGCGCGAGGGCUUCAUGACUCUCUUCAUCUUCUUGCCCGCUUGCUUUGGUAACAGCUUCGCCAACUACCUUAGCAAAAUCAUUCCUCCCAUUCUUGCUGGUUUGGCUGACGAUAUUGAGUCCAUCCGUGAGACCUCUCUCCGGGCUGGUCGCCUGUUGGUCAAGAACUUCUCCACCAAGGCCAUCGAUCUUCUGCUUCCCGAGUUGGAGCGUGGUCUGGCGGACGAUAGCUACCGCAUUCGUCUCAGCUCCGUUGAGUUGGUUGGAGAUCUUCUCUUCAGUCUUACCGGUAUUACCGGAAAGGCCGAGGCUGAUGAAGAGGAAGAAGAGGCCACUCAAGCUGGCCAGUCCCUUCUGGAGGUUCUUGGAGAAGAGCGCAGAGAUAAGGUUCUUUCUGCCCUGUUCAUCUGUCGCUGUGAUACUUCAGGCUUGGUCAAGAGUGCUGCUAUGGGUGUUUGGAAGGCCCUGGUUGCCUCUCCCAAGAUCCUCAAGGAGAUGGUGCCUACUCUUGCUCAGCUCAUCAUUCGCCGCCUCGGAUCGUCGAACAUGGAGCAGAAGGUCAUUGCCAGCAACGCACUUGGUGAUCUCAUCAAGAAGGCUGGAGAAUCAGUCCUGUCCACAUUGCUACCACUGCUUGAGGAGGGUCUCCAGGCCUCGCCCGAUGUCGAUGUUAAGCAGGGUAUCUGCAUUGCUCUGCGCGAGCUUAUCACCUCCGCCACCCCUGAGGGCCUGGAGGACUUUGAGAAGGUUCUUAUCUCCACUGUUCGUGUCGCUCUCGUCGAUAACGAUGAAGACGUGCGUGAAGCAGCUGCCGAGGCAUUUGACGCUUUGCAAGAUAUCAUGGGCAAGAGAGCAGUCGACCAGGUUCUGCCAUACCUUCUUCACUUGCUGAGAAACGACGAGGAUGCCGAGCAGGCCCUGUCCGCGCUGUUGACCCUGCUCACCGAGCAAACCCGCGCGAACAUCAUCCUUCCCAACCUCAUUCCCACCCUUCUUACUCCUCCAAUCACCGCAUUCAACGCCAGAGCCCUUGCAUCUUUGGCCGAGGUUGCUGGUGGAGCCAUGACAAGAAGACUACCCAACAUCAUCAACGGCCUCAUGGAUGGUAUCAUCCAGACCAAGGACGAAGACCUUCAAUCAGAACUCCGCACUGCCCUCGAUACAGUGUUGGUAUCCGUGGAUGAGUAUGACGGCCUGAACGUAGCCAUGAACGUGAUGUUAUCUCUUGUCAAGCAUGACGAUCAACAUCGUCGGGCUGAGGCUGCUCUUCACCUUACCAGCUUCUUUGCUGAGGCUGAUGUCGACUUCUCGAGAUAUUACCAAGAUAUCAUUCGUGUCCUGUUGAUCUCCUUUGAUGAUUCGGACAAGGACGUUGUCAAGGCGGCAUGGACCGCUCUCAGUGGCCUCAUGUCUCACAUGCGCAAGGAGGAGAUGGAAGUGUUGGCCAUUCCUGCUCGUCAAAUUCUGCGACAGGUCGGUGUGCCAGGUGCAGAUCUUCCUGGAUUCAGUCUGCCGAAGGGAAUCAUGGCUAUUCUGCCGAUCUUCUUGCAGGGUCUGCUCAACGGCAGCACCGAUCAGCGUACUCAAUCAGCGCUGGCUAUUUCCGAUAUUAUCGACCGUACCAAUCCCAACUCUCUCAAGCCUUUCGUUACUCAAAUCACUGGUCCUUUGAUUCGUGUUGUAUCGGAACGAUCGACGGAAAUUAAGUGCGCCAUUUUCUUCACUCUUAACAGGUUGCUCGAGAAGAUUCCGCUUGCUGUCAAGCCUUUCCUGCCUCAGCUGCAGCGAACCUUUGCCCGUGGUUUGGCGGAUACUUCUAGCGAGACCCUACGUGACCGUGCUGCCAAGGGUCUUGGUAUUUUGAUUACUUUGACCCCCAGGGUUGAUCCGCUCAUUGCUGAGCUCAUCGCUGGAUCCAAGACGUCUGAUGAAGGUGUAAAGAACGCCAUGAUGAAGGCUCUCCAAGAGGUUGUCGGCAAGGCCGGUGCCAACAUGAGCGACGCGUCCCGGUCAUCUAUUAUUGCCCUCAUUGAUGACGAAUCCAGUGAUCAGACUGACAAGGUUGCCAUUACCAAUGCUAAGUUGCUGGGUGUCCUUGUCAAGGUUCUUCCGGAGGCUAGUGCGGUUACUAUGAUCAAGAACCGAAUCCUCAACGGCCAGCUUUCACACUCGUCUGUUCUUGGCUUGAACUCCCUCCUGGUAGAGGCUCCUUCAAUUCUGUUGGAACACUUCUCCCUGGAGACUCCUUCGGCCAUUUGCCAGGGUAUUGCGAGCAAAGAUACAUUUGUCUCUGAUAACAGUGUCCUCGCCGCGGGUAAAUUCCUGAUGGCUGAUGAUGGCAACCACACCUUUGAGACACAUAAGACCAUCUUUGAUGCUCUUACGCCCGUCAUUGUUCCAGGUGGCCCAUCGGAUACCCGCCGCCUGGCGUUGGUGGUUAUUCGAACCAUCAGCCGCCUCCACCCCGAGAUGACCCGUGCUCAUCUGGCUCUACUGGCUCCGCCCGUUUUUGCCGGAGUUCGUGACAUGGUCAUCCCGGUGAAGCUGGCCGCUGAAGCUGCUUUCCUCUCCAUCUUCUCCGUGGUGGAUAGUGAUACCGAAGUCUUUGACAAGUACAUGGCUGGACCCGGCGCCUCUCUCCCGCCUGGACCCAAGCGCAGCAUGUCUGACUACUUCAAGCGUGUUGCCAUGCGUCUUGCCCUUCAAGCACGCGAGCGUCGCUUGGCCGAAGGAGGUGUCGGUGGACUGGGCCUGUCUAAUGACGAGGUGGAUGAUGAGAAGGAAAUGUGGAGUAUUGGAAAGCUAAUCGGCCCGCCCAACUUCUCACUGCCUGGAUUUCCCUGUCGAGUGCCCUACGAACAUCAUCCGCCAAACGACCGUCGAUACGCCGACAUCAAGAUGGUCAACCUUCGCACCCAGAAGCGCCUCGCCGCCUCCGUGGUCGGCUGCGGUAAGCGCAAGAUUUGGCUCGACCCCAAUGAGAUGAACGAGAUCUCCAACGCCAACUCCCGCCAGACCAUCCGCAAGCUCGUCAGCGAUGGCCUCAUCAUCCGCAAGCCCGUCACCAUGCACUCGCGCUCCCGCGCCCGUGAGCUCAACGAGGCCCGCCGCAUCGGUCGUCACCGCGGUCUGGGUAAGCGCAAGGGUACCAAGGACGCCCGUAUGCCCAGCCAGGUCCUCUGGAUGCGCCGCAUGCGUGUUCUCCGUCGUCUCCUCGUCCGUUACCGUGCCGCCGGCAAGAUCGACAAGCACCUUUACCACGAGCUGUACCACUUGAGCAAGGGUAACACCUUCAAGCACAAGCGCGCUCUUGUUGAGCACAUCCAGAAGGCUAAGGCUGAGCGCCAACGCGAGCGUGUCCUCAAGGAGGAGAUGGACGCCAAGCGUGCCAAGAACAAGGCUCUCCGCGAGCGUCGCGCAGAGCGCACCGAGGCCAAGCGCACCGCCCUCGAGGCCCAGGAGUAAAUCCUCUAAAAAUCCCAUUCCGUUGUGUGACGUUUUUCUCUCUUUCGGCGAUGGUGCGGAGGUUGAAAGCGGUUCCCUUGUGGGUUUGUUCCGGGAUUCGGCCCCUGCAAAGUUAUUUGUCCCCCCUCGAAUUCUAGGUCGGCCCUACUUUUCGACUCUUCCUAUGGUCGGACUCUUUUUUCAGUUGACACGCGGGGCUUUCUGGAAAGGGAAUGUGGGGGCAAUAGGAAGAUGCGAUGAUGAUGUGAUACUCAAGCUUCUUGUUAAUAACGAACGAGAAAGCAAAAGGAAACUACUUUUUCAAAACAAAAAAAAACUAAAAACUUCCCCCGUCGCGCUUGUUAUGAAAUGUGAUCGU